AAGUAGUAUCUUUGUUCUUUGAUAGUUGGAACUGUGAGUCACAUUCACUUUCCCUUUGAAGAUUUCAAGGCCAGCAGGUCCGAUGUUCUCGUCCUAAUUCAGCCACUGAAUUAACACAGGACGGACGGUACCAAUUCCAAGAUCUCGACGAAUCGACGAGUUUAAAGCUGUGACGAGAUAAUGAUGCGUGGGUGGUCGAUUUUGAACUUUAAAUUAAAAUUACUGGAUCAUUUUAACAGUGUUUGGGCAGGAGAAAAUUGUGAUAACAUUGCCACAAGAGAUGGGGUUACAGUACUGUAUGACCAUUUGAUAGCAAACAAGGAGGUUAUGUUUGUACCAACUUCCAGUUCUCCAUUGAAUCAAGGUGCUGCCCUGCCAGAUUUUGAGUGUGAUUCUCUGUCAGCUACUGAACUUGAUCAUCACAUCGCUGCGCUUCUGUUAGCACAAUUGGAGUUGGCACGUGUCUUUUAUGCUGUAUCACCAUUUUCAACUGUACUUCAUCAAAGGUUAUGGGUGUUGCAACGAAUAUUUUAUGCGGUAUCAUGUAAAUACCAUGAUAAGGAAAAGGCAAGAUUGCAGUCUAGUGCUUAUGCCACUGAGAGUAGGCAGGAGAUCUCUGAGAGUGGUCCAGAGAAAGCAUGUUCAGCAUCACAAGCUCUUAUAGAGAUGGCAGUAAAAACAGGACUCACACUUUUGUUUGCAUUGCUGCGUCAAAGUUGGCAACACAGCACUAUACCAGGUAGUCCGGUUCUAUGCAAUGAAGUACUGUGCACAGCGUCAGAGGUGGUCCGGAAUCUUCCACCUUUGUCCUUGUCUAAUGAUUGCCAAAUUACAGCACUGGGAGCUCAAAGCCUGCAGGAGGUCACUCAGUUUUUGAGGCAUGCGGCACUGCCUACUUCUGGUGCUGAUCCUGCAGUUCAGUUACUUGCUGCAGAACUACUACUGGAACUUGCACUACAGCGAGGAUCACUCAUCUAUUUAUUGGAGUGGAUUGACAUGGCUCUGUGUGCGUCAUGUGGGAAACAAGAUGACAAGAACACAACAAGUGCCAAAAUAACAACUUCUGUUUUUCUGAAGGCUAUGUCAAAAAUGAGAUCAGCUGCUGGAGAAGAUGGACUGGAAGGGAAGCCAUGGUACAACCUGAUGUCUGAUGAACAUGGGAAAGUCUUAUUGUAUCAAGCUGCUAUGUGCCUGAUGGAAGAGUUGGUGAACCUGGCCUGCGAUUACACAAGAUCAUGUCUGGGACCUGAGCGACCUGAACCCCAGGGCACAUCAAUGUGCAACAGUACUGUAGCAGAUAAAUGUGAAGUCUAUGUAUGUGGCAGCAAUUCCUCACAUCAGGUUGCAGAGGAGAGUCAGGAGAAAAUCCUGGUGCCCCGUCUUUCAAGGGCAUUUACUCAGGUACAGCAAGUAGAAGCUGGCCAAUACUGUUCCUUCAUUAUCCACACAAAUGGAACUCUUAGUGGAUGUGGUAAGGGAAGCUAUGGUCGUCUUGGCCUGGGAGACUCCAACAACCAAUCACAGCCCAAGCUAGUGAUACUUGAUGGCACUGUUAAGAAGGUGUGUUCAUCAAAAGGCAGUGAUGGCCAUACACUGGCACUUACAGAUGAUGGCAAGGUCUUCAGCUGGGGUGAUGGGGAUUAUGGUAAAUUGGGCCAUGGAAAUUGCACCACUCAGAAACAACCACGACUAGUGGGAGGAGCAUUAUCUGGAAGGGUGGUGAAGUUUAUUCAUGCUGGCUACAGACACAGUGCUGCAGUAACUGAAGAGGGUGAACUGUACACAUGGGGCGAGGGGGACCAUGGACGAUUAGGCCAUGGCGACUAUAAUGGACGUAACAUGCCUACAUUGGUUCGAGAUCUGAAUGGUGUUGGGUCAGUAUCAUGUGGAAGUUCUCAUACAAUAGCUCUGUCUGCGGAUGGGAAGACUGUGUGGUCAUUUGGUUCUGCAGACAAUGGCAAACUUGGCCAUGGGGACACACAAAAGACUCCACACCCAAAAGUAAUAGAAGCUUUGCAGGGGCUUUAUAUAAGAAAAGUGGCAGCAGGCAGCCAGUUUUCCCUAGCUCUUACAAGCAAUGGGCAGUUGUAUUCAUGGGGUUAUGGAGCGUGCUUGGGCAUUGCUGCAAGUGAGAUGACGUCUCUGUUACCGCAAUUAGUAGAAGACUUGUCAGCAGUAAGGAUUGUUGAUGUAGCAGUAGGAGAUUCCCAUAUUUUAGCAUUGACAAAUGACAGUGAAGUAUUUUCUUGGGGAAAUAAUUCCAUGGGACAGUGUGGUCAAGGUCAUUCAAGCAGCCCGAUAACUCGACCACGAAGAGUGCUAGGACUGGAGGGAGUUCCUGUGAAUCAAAUGUCAGCUGGUACAUCACAUAGUAUCUUUUGGACUGCUUCACCUUCUGACAGACAAGUUGUAACUUGGCAUCGACCUUUCUGUGUGGACCUCCAGGAAGGCACAUUCUCUUUACUACAUUCCUUUCUUGAAAAAUAUUGCAGUGGUUUUAAUCAGGAAUCUUGUUUGCCACCUUUUCCAACAUUUGGGGAGCAUCACCAAUUUGUUCUCCUGUGCCUGAAAUUAUUAUGUACACAUUUGUCACUGGCACUAACUGGAGGCCUUGCUACAUCUGUUCUGGGUAAACAGGCCAGACCACUUCGUCAUUUACUCUUCAGGCUGGUGGAUAUUUCAACACCAACUAGUGUGAAAACUGUUGUAAGUGAAACACUUGCUAUUGGUGCCCCGUUGUUGCUCCCUCCACUGAGGGAGCGGAUGGAAUUGCUGCAUUCACUACUUCCACAAGGACCUGACCUCUCCAAUGGCCAGAAAAUGUUGCUUGGUAUUAUCUUAACAAGCCUUGAGGAUCACAGUCAUGUAUCAUCAUUGCUUGGCUAUAGUUUCUCUUCAGAGUCAAUGGGUCGGCUAGGAAGUCAAGACCUACAUCUGGCUGAAGUUCUUAUGAAGACACUACUACAGAAUCUCAGCUUCAACACGGAGGAGUGUCUGAAUGAACUUGAGAAGAAUCUUGAUAAAGGACAGGCUGAACUGGCUGCUGAUUCAUCCAGUCAAGUGACUCACUUACAUGACUUGUUGUCAUCAUUGCAGACACAUAUACUGGCAUACUGCAGUGUCAACAAACAUGACUCGCCUUUACUAGUAUCGAGCAUUACAUUACUGCAGAACCACCUUAGCAUUUUGUUACCUCUAGCUUGUGGUAUACUUAGGAAGGCAGCUCAUAUUGUUCAGAACUUCCCAAACUGCCUCAAUCAGCUUUAUGGUAUCAUACUUCAGUCUUUAGCAGGGGCAAUGCUAUCUAAGAUACUGCACUCACUGCUGCUUCUGCCUGUUGCUUGUGUGCAGUCACUUUUAUUUCAUUUGUUGGGAAUCCUGAUGCCUCUAGACUGCCUUAACAGGCUUGUGCCAGAAGAAAUGCAACGUGAAGAGGAGAGCAACUCAUCCUCAGAAGCAAAUACACCAACACCUAAUGAUAUGGCAGAACAUUCUUGGGUGUGGCUAGUGGAUUUAGAGAGAACUUGCAGUUUGCUGGUAGGAAAAUGCCUCGGGGGCAUGCUGAUUGGCUCCCCAUUGUCAGAAGAAGAAAGAGAAACCAGACAUUGGUUGAGCAGUACUUUGUUGUCACAUGGUCUGGAGAAACAUUCCAGUGACCUAGUAAUGCUGCUUAGAGAAUUGACACAUGGAGUAAAAGCCUGUAAUGACGACAGUUACCGACACCUGGAAAGCAUAAUUAAAAAAAUUGAAGUACCUGAUGUAAGAUUUUACCUUAGGAUGGCUCUAUUACCUACUCAAUUCUGGGAAGUCCCCAAACACGUAGGAAAUGAAAGAAGACAGAUUUUACAUCAGGAACAAACACUGACCCAUGAAUCCUUUGAUGCUGCUCAAAGUUUUGAGUGCAGAGAAGAUGCUGGUCUUCGGGAGGCUGUAGAGAAUGUGAAAGGAGAAUGUUUAUAUAACAGUAGUCAGGAUUCCAAUUACCAGCAACAGUCACCAGUAUGUAUAGCUGACUGCUGUACAGAGAUAGAUGAGGCACACCAAUAUUUCUGUUACUACAAAGAUAUGAUGGAAUACGCCCAAUCACAGGAUUGGGACACCUGUGAGGUGGAGGAUGGACUGCUGUUGGAAUGUGUGACAAGAGUUGUCUUAGCUGCAUUACUUAAACACACUGGACUUCUUUCAGGACAUGACACUAAGAAUGAUGUUCAUCCAGCUGUUAUGGAAAUAUAUUUAAUGGUAUUUCAACUUCGCCGCAAAAUCCUCUCUAGUAGAAAUCGUCAAGAGACAUCUCCUGAUGAGGAAAUAAUUGAUUCCGUCCUCUCACAUAGCCGAAGUCAUAGCCGGGAGAGGGAUGAAGAGAGCAGCAGAUGUGUACAAGUGGAAGAUGCAGAUGAAAUUCAGAGUGAAGGUGGUGGUGGUAUACCUCUUGGAGUAGGGAUAAAUAAUUAUGAUGAACUGUGUCAUAUUGUAUUGCACCGCUGCAUUUUCCUCCUGGCAGCUGUAAACGGACCAGACAAACCAUGGUGUGAAGAUGAUCAAGGGCCAGAUGAUGAAAUAGAUAAGAUACCAGUCAAGACUGAAGACUGCUACAGGUGUGAAGACAAUGGCUUUGAUUCUUUGCGCCGCCUGUGCAGAUCAAUUCUGCUGUUUGUAUGUGCUGAACCAGGGGAGAGACAAGUUCUGCUGUGUGGUGCAGAAUCAGAAAAUGGCUGGAACAGUGACCCUAAUAAACUUUGUACAGCCAUGACUCACCAACAGAUUCGAGCUGAGCAUAGGUUGUCUGCACUCAAUCAGAUUUUAGAAUUACUGACAAGUUCUCAGAAAGGUUCUAAGGAUGGGGCAGAAAAGGAGUCAGCAGAGAAGGUGAUGUCCAACACAAUGUUGCUGAGUUCUGUACAUCAGCAGUUACUUGCUGGAUGUUUUGGUUUGUGUGCAUCGGCAGGAGAAGGUCCAAGCACACAGUUAUACCAUUAUUUGGAUGGAGUCAGAGCUGCUCCCCAGUCACUUCAAUUGCACAUUCGCUGUUCUGUGCAUCGUAUCUAUUCAUUGCUCAUCUUCUCCUUGGCUAGGGGUCAGGGUGAGAUGCAGCAUCAUACUGGAAGCACACAUCAGCUACAAAUUUUAACAGUGUUUGCUCUCAGUGUUCGGUAUCGACCAUCUGACAUUACUCUGGCUGUGUCAUGCAGACUCUUGCAAAUACUGGCAAGUAUGUGUUCAAAUCCUGUUCAUCUGACCUCACCUUGCACACCACAACCACACCCACAACCAGAGCUUGCCGUGGCUAGCAUGCGACUACUACAUAUUCUUGCUAUGUCAUGUGGAAUGUAUGCUCAUCAUUUAGAUGCUUCUGUACUUGAAAGUGUAGUGUCAUUGAUUCAUUCACAACUGGAACACAUACUGAUGUCAACACAAACUUCAUGCACAUCAGUUGAUGCCAAUAGUGAUGUGUGUGACAGAGGUGGAGUUGGUAAUAAUUAUAGUAGGAUCAACAAGCGAGAACUACGUGCAUCUGAACGUAGUCUUGGAGACUUUCUUGUAUUUGUGAGGCGCAUUGCAUCAAGCCGUGUGUUAAGAAAAUUGUUGGCAGGACGGAAAUGGACAAACACGCUGCUAACUAUCUUAGGACAACAGAUUACAGGAGAUGAUACAUCUUUACCAAGAAUUCAGUCCUUAAGACCAAGACUUCUUGUCAUUCACUUGUUGGCAUCUGUACUUCCAAGUCUUGAUCCUACCACUAGCACAGACCACAGGGAACAGGUUGUUCGUGAAUUGUUUUGUCAGCUGGCAGCCAAUAUGUGGAGUAUCCCUCAGGCAGUGGCUGAACACCAAGCACUCAUCAAACAGAGAGAACUACAAACAAAAUUGUACCAGCUGAAUAGCCCAGGUGACAUAUGGCUAGACAGUGAGCAGUGCGAAGAAAAUGUUCCAGUGCGUGAAAUGGGUUUUGAUCCUGAAAGGUGUCUGUGUUGUACUGUGGAGGGUAACCAAACCCUUGUGCAUGGGCCAGGUGGCAGAGGCUAUGGGCUGGGAAACACAGGAAUGGCUUCAGGUUGCUACCAGUGGAAGUUUCUCAUUGUGAAAGAGAACAAGGGCAAUGAGGGGACUUGUGUCGGUGUGACACGUUUUCCUAUAAAAGAUUUCAGCCAUCGUUCAACAACUGACAUGUGGCUGUACAGAGCAUAUAGCGGUAACUUGUACCAUAACGGGGAACUACCAUUGUGCCUACCUAGUUUCACUCAGGGAGACUAUAUUACAGUCAUACUAGAUCUAGAUGCUCGGACAGUUAGCUUUGGUAAGAAUGGAAGUGAACCACGCCUUGCUUUUGAAGAUGUGGAUGCUACUGAGUUAUAUCCAUGUGUUGUGUUUUACAGUACUAAUCCUGGAGAGAAGGUCAAGAUGACAGAUGUGCAGGUUCGAGGAGCACCACGGGAUAUGUUGCCUGGUGAUCCACACUGUGCACCAGUCGCAGCAGUUCUUGCUGAAGCAUACAUAUUCUUGUUGAGAAAACUCAGCACCACUGAUACCUGGAGUAGACAGGUUAGUGACUGCCUGGUGGAGAGAUUGAAUCAGACAAGAGAACUUUUGCCAGCUAUACCAGAGAAGAAAAGUGAGAUUUCCAAUACUCUAUCUGAACCCACUGUCCAAACAGAAUCUCCAAGCAUCCAGCUUCAAAAGUCAAUGAGCCCUGAAGGUAAACAAGAUCACCUAAAGGAAGAAGGAAAUAAGAAUGGAUAUCCUACUGGAGAAUCUGAGAUAGAUCGAGAAAAUUGGUUAAAAGAAGUGAACUUAGAACAACUUUGUAAAGAGGUUUGGCCUGCUCUUGCUGUGAUUGGUGGAGUCGACCGUGGAUUACGUGUUGGUGGUCAGUGCAUCCACAAACCAUCGGGAAGAAAAGCAAUUGUAUUAGGUACACUGAAACAGGGCUUAGCUUCUGUCAAGUUACAGUGGGAUGAUGCUGAAGCAAGUGUUUGUGAUGGUUUAAUAAGCUCUCUGGAGCCAUGUGAACCUCCACCUUUCAAUACCAGUAAGCUGAGAGACAUUACUCCAGAUAUGUUCCUGCAGAUAGCUAGACUUAGUGGUCUUACAGAUGAGUUCCGUUUUCCACAAUGUGGCUUAACAUCUGCAGAAAUGGAACUGGUGAAUUCAGAACCAGUUCCACAAGACCUGAGACGCCGUCACUCAUCUGUCACUACAGAUGGCUGGCGCUCAUCAGCACAUCAUGAAUCACAGUUACUUGCUGAUUCCUGUAAACUUACGGCUGCCAGAACAGUUGAGUCCCUUACCAAUGAGAUGGUCUCGAGCAUCAUUGGAGAAGUAACACAAAGGCGAGGAAGUACAGAGAGACUAACACAAUCUAGUUCGGACACUAGAGUUCAAGGGGAAAAUGAUGACAACUCUAACAGUAAAGACACUAUUGUUGCAAGGGUUGCCAAUCAUAAGUUAUUAGAAUGUGAGGUAGUGUGUCUUCAGUUAGCAUUUCUUCAGCUGGCAGCUUUGAAGACCCUAGCAACACUUCUGAAUUGUGGACGUUAUUCUGAACUUCUGUUGGUGCCAAAUGCAGUACUUCAAAAUUCAUAUGAUGGAAUUGACAAAGAUAAGGAAAUGGUUGGUAAUGCUGAAUUGAAGCAACAGAGGCCAGAAAUGGAAACCAGUAAGGAACAAAGGGACACUGAUGAGACUUUAAAGGACAGCAGCUGUCUUAUGCAGGAAGAAGCCGAGCUGCGCAGUGCUCUGAAACAUAUCAUGAGGUUCAUGGUAAGCAAAAGUGUUCAGCAGUGCAGGUUGCGGUCACUUGUGAGUUUAAGUGAGCUAGAACGUGUGGAGACAGUGCUACACUCUUUGUAUGUACACGCUAAGGCAGAGGAAGGUCUCCACAUUCAAGAAACAGAAACGAAAAUACGGAGCUUGACAAAUAUUCAUGAUGUAAAUUCUGGUAGCCAGGAUAAUACUCAGGAUUCUUCAGCAGUACAACGCUCACAACACAAUUGCACUACUACACCAGCCCCUCAUUCUCCAUCGCCCUCAUCCCUGUCUCGCCUUGUCCGUCGUAUCUCACCAUUCGUUCCUCCUUCAUCUUUACCUUUAGCAGCAGCUCUCUGUAGCUUCUCUGAGUUUUCUUCACCACAGUUGACAUCACCAUCACUAUCCAAUAGACUGACACCUCAGUCAGCCCCACUCUUGAGAGUUCAUCGCUUGCGCACUCCUUCGCCUCCACCACCACCCAUUGCUGCUCCUCUUAUGGAGAUGGGAUUCUCCCUUAAGCAUGUACAGAAAGCCAUCAAUGCCACAGGUAGUACUGGUGACAUGUCAGCUCAUACUAUUAGUCAGCUGGCUACAUGGAUGAUAGAACAUCCAUGUAUUGACUCAGAGGUCCUGGAGGGAAGAGGAGAUGAUUCAGGACACUCAUCAGGAUCUGAGAUUGCACUCAGUAGGGCACAGACCGUAGAUGUCAGCCAGUGUUCUCCAGACCUUGACUUGGGAGUUGGUCGUCGGACAGGACUUGGACCAAAAAGAAGAGCAUGUACUGAUAUUCGCAGUUAUCUAGCUGAGAGGGCAGCCCAAGACCGGGAAAGGCAACAUGUUCGAGGAGAGGCCCAACCUUUAUAUGGGAUGUUACAUGAGGCAGAAGCUUUCAACUCUGUUACUCAAGGAGCAGACGGUGUACGAAUGUCUGACAUGGGAAGCUGCUCUGGAGUGUUUCCAACUUCUGCAACACAAAUGGAUUAUGGGUUGCCUCUUCUGUGUGGAAUCUGUCAUCAAGUGUCAUCACACUUAACAGGUCACAUGCUGUCAGCGCACCCAGGCUGUGGCUUACUUUCAGGAGCAGGCUACUGUGGUAACAUUCUUGGAACAAAUUACCUGAUGUGCAGUGAAUGCCAAGACAAAUACAGAAUGCAGUUUCAGUGUUUUUCAAAGGUUCCUGAUUUGAAAUCAGCAGCUCCACCUGGUUGUGGUGGUAAUGCCAGUGUGGGUGGCAAUGUAUUGCCCAGCAAUCUGGCUCAGUUGUUGGCACCUGAUCUUAUGGGCAGCAGUUUUGCACAUGAUGAAGAAGUUGAUAUACUCUGUAUGCAGACCGAGAACCAGUCAACUCCAUUGUUUGAUAACUUCUCUAAAUUAGCACCAUACCUUGGAUUGGGAGAAAGGAUUACUGCACCUGAACCUCUUCUACUGAAAGAACCAGACCCACUUGGAGCAAGCACUGUGCCAAGUGUCACACUGGAAACUACUACUUCUGGCCAAGCAGGGCAACUGAAGCCUGGAGUUGUUAAAGGAGACAGCAAACAUAAAUCUCUUGGUGAGCAGGCUUCACACCUCACAUCCUCACAGGAUCGUAUUAUGGCUCUGGAGAGGAUCACAGAAGGUGCACAGAUCCUGGUAGCUCGUUCAGUUGUGAUGAGUGCACUGUCCUUGCUGUGUGUUAGUGGAACAUCGUGUAGUCUGCCGCAUGGAUUGGAUGCCAUUGGUUUGUCUGACAUCCGCAAGGUUGUGCAUCUCAUGAGCUUAACUGCUGGGGGGCAUGUUGAAUUGGCUUCUGAUCUGCAUCAACCCCUUGCUGAGGGAGGGCCUAGGACUGGUGGAGGAGCCUCGUAUCUGCAAUUAGGUCAUCUAACAAGUCAUCUGCCCCCUGCUACAGCUACCUGUCUUAACUACCUCAGUUGUGCCAUUGCUGCUUUGGCACAGACAGAUAUGGAGGCUUCAGAACUAGUAUUACACAUGUGCACUAAGUUAUUUUUACAGGAGCUGCUGGCAGCUGCUAUGGGUGCAUUAAAUCAGUCUCCAAGCGGCAAAGUUGGAGCACCUGAUGUAACCUCUGGGUUUGCUGUUACUCAGGCACUAGUUAGCUUGUUGGCCUCUCAUGGUGGUACUUCACUGACCAGUAUUGAUAAAGAUGGUGAGGAGAAAUUGGCAGGCAGUCCAAUGGCAAAUUUACCUGUAAUAAACCCAUUACAGCUGCCAGAUGCCUUAGCAGCUUGUGUUCUGUCUACAAGAUUGGCCUCUAAUCAUCGUCAGUGGGCAUCUCAGCAGUUGGUGAAGUGUAUUGCAGCAAGGGUGUCUGUCCUGUCACCCCAGAUUCUGGAAAGCCUGAGCUUUGCUGAUCUGUCAGGAGUAAUGCUCCAGUGUUCUCUGAUGGAGCUGGAGGGUCAUGACAAUCGUGUCAGUUUUACAGCCUGGCAUGAAGAUAGGGCCAUGCUUGCAACCUGUGGCUAUGAUGGAACUGUGCGAAUAUGGUGUUCAGCCAAUGCUAAUUCAGCAUUACUGGCACACACUUUGGUAUUUCAUAAGUCAGAAAAUGUGUACGGAAGAGAGUUGAGUGGGGAACUUGUUUCACAGUUGGGUUGGUCUUCAUCUGGGAAGUUUGUGUCAGCAGCCAUGGACAGUAUUGUCAAUGUGUGGUACCUCCCAGAUGGUCCAGAUGUUGCUGUGACAGGAGAGGAUUGCCACAUUGACACCCAGCUGGCAUGGGUAACUUCUAUGGCAUGGCCACAAGUGACAAGCCAAGAUGAACCAGAACACCUGCUAGUGGGAACAAUCAAUGGAUCAGUUGCCAUGCUGACCAUCUUCCCUAGGAGCAAACAACAUGAAGAACUAGUCCAUUGUUCACAACAGUAUGCUUCAGUUACGCACAUUGAAUGGUUUGAUGAGGAAAAGGAGUUUGCCAUCGCAUUCACAGAUGGAGUGAUGAAGUUAGGACGGAAGAAUCCUAACUUCCAGCCCAUAUCAAUAUCUGCACAUCAGGGAGCCUUGUCUGGUAUGAAGUGGGACCCAUGUGGUCAGUUGUUAGCAACUUGUGGAGUGGAUGGAGUUUGUCGCAUAUGGAAAGAGAUGGAAAGUGUCUGGUCUUGUGUUCAUACACUGGUACCACCGCAUGAACCAGUGUCUCUCACAUGGUCACCUUUUAUAGGUAAAGGAUGUACUUCUCUUCUACUGUGUGUGGGAACUGUACAUGGUAAAGUGAGCGUAUGGAUACUGCCUGAUGCCCAUAUAGAAGAACACCACAGCCGGACAGCACCACAGUUGGUGAUGUACCUACAGGGACACUUAUAUCACCCUGUCACAUCUUUAGCCAUCCACAAGGAUGGUCUACUGCUUGCAUCAGGCAGCAUCAAAGGACCCAGUGGUGUUGUUAACAUCUGGUCUCUUCAAGAUGGCAGUCUCUUGCAAACAAACACUGGAACAGGAGGUGUCCACUCAUUGACCUGGCUAGGGGAAACUGGUUUGGCUGUCUGCUUUGGUAGAUCUAAGGAUGUUCGUGUAGUGCAUUAUGGUAUGACCGAGAUGACCCAAGUCCGUGUGUUAGCAGGGGCGAGAGCUUCACUGCUCCGCCAAGGUGUGACAGGUCUGCAGAAUGCUCCAUGUCUGCGAGCACUGUUGCUGGCACUACCCACCCUUCUGCAAGAGCAGUAUCAGUAUGAGAAACCACUAGUUGUGAGUGGAGAGCAGCUGUUACACAGUGGGUAUCUCAAGUGCUUGGCAUCUCUAGUCCUAGUGCUGCAACUGGACAAGGUGCUGUGCUAUCGGCCUGUGCCACCCAACCACGAUAAACACUCCUCUGUUGUUCCAGAAUGGCAGUGGUUGCAGGUUUUCAGUGUUGGCGUACAUACUGCUGAAUCACUUGUAAAUAGAAUUAAGUUACCACAGGAGUUCUGUGCACUUGUGCUGGAAGGAACUACAGAAGAGGAAGAGGAUAGCCUAACAGCCACCAAUAACUCAUUUUGGAGCCUAAAAGCAGAUGAACAAAUUAUGAGUUGGUCUACCCAACAACCUCAUGACUGGCAGAUUGGUGGGAAGUGUCUUGCUUUUUUGUGGGGCAGUGGUAGGCACGGCCAACUUGGGGAAGCAGGUCGUAGCUCAUUGGUACCAGUUGAGACAGAAUCCUUCUCAGGAGCACAACAAAUUAUCUGCGGUCAGAAUUGUACAUUUGUGAUCCAAGCCAAUGGCACUGUAUUAGCUUGUGGUGAAGGCAGUUAUGGACGUCUUGGACAGGGAAAUUCUGAUGAUCUCCAUUCCCUGAGCAUCAUAUCUUCUCUUCAGGGAUUUGUGAUCACAGCUCUGGCAACUUCAUGUGGAUCUGAUGGCCACAGUCUUGCCCUAGCAGAAAGUGGUGAAGUAUUCUCAUGGGGUGAUGGUGACUAUGGUAAACUGGGUCAUGGGAAUAGUGAUCGACAGCGUCGACCUCGACAGAUAGAAGCAUUACAAAGUGAAGAAGUGGUGCAAGUUGCGUGUGGUUUCAAGCAUAGUGCAGUUGUAACAGCUGAUGGGAAGUUAUUUACCUUUGGAAAUGGUGAUUAUGGUCGACUAGGUUUGGGCUCAACAGCAAACAAGAAACUGCCAGAACGUGUGGCAGCACUGGAAGGACAUAUUAUUGGUCAGGUUGCAUGUGGAUUGAAUCACACUGUGUGUGUGUCAUCUGAUGGCAGUCUAGUUUGGACAUUUGGUGACGGAGAUUAUGGGAAGUUAGGACUGGGGAACACAGCCACAAAAUCGACUCCACAGAAAGUUGAUCUGCUCUGUGGAGUUGGUGUGAAGCGUGUUUGCUGUGGAACACAGUUCACUGUAUUUCUUACACAAGAUGGACGUGUUUUCACUUGUGGUAUGGACCGCCUCAUUGGCCAACCUGACUCUAGGGCUCGUGGCCACACCAAGCCACAGCAGGUUCCAGCUUUGAAUGCUUACUUUGUUGAAGAGAUAGCAGUAGGAGCAGAGCAUGCACUUGCCUUGACAUCUGGUGGUGAUGUCUGGGGGUGGGGCAACAAUAGUGAUGGUCAACUUGGUCUUGGUCACACAGCCAUUGUGAGGGAACCACAGUUGCUUACAGCUCUUUUAGGGAAAGGUGCUAAGCAGAUUUCUACUGGAAGGACACACAGUGCAGCAUGGACUUCUCCCUCAUUGCCUAGACAAAGUCAAGGGGUAUCAAUACCUCUGCGAUUCGGUUUACCAGCACACAUUCCUCCUCAAUAUGGCCACCUUCAAGGAAUGUCCAUAGUCACCAUACAGGCACGACUGAAACUUCUGUAUCGCUUCUCUGACACCCUGUAUGCCUGCUGGAGAUUGUUGCCACUCUGCCCUCAGCAGUAUGAAUGGCUUACCCCAUCUCUGCGUGUUUUCACAUCAUCUCAACUGCGACCACUGUUAGCACCAAGAGUCUACACAUUGCCUUUGGUUCGAAGUGUGGGUCGCACCAUGGUGCAGGGUCGAAAUUAUGGCCCACCAGUGACAGUUCGAAGGCUGGCAAUGAGAGGACGCCGCUGCAAACCAAUAUUUGUACAAGUUGCACGUCAGGUAGUUAAAAUGAAGCCAGCAGAUCUUCGUCUACCAUCCAGGGCAUGGAAGGUGAAACUGGUGGGUGAAGGAGCUGAUGAUGCUGGUGGAGUGUUUGAUGAUACUAUCACAGAAAUGUGUCAGGAGCUUAUCAGUGGAGCAGUGCCUCUGCUGGUGCCCACACCAAAUGCAACAAAUGAUACUGGCUACAACCGUGACCGCUACCUACUGAAUCCAACCCUGUGUUCAGCAAUGCACCUUUCAUGGUUUAAAUUUCUUGGAAUUUUGUUCGGAGUUGCAGUGAGAACCAAGAAGCCACUUGCAGUUCCUCUUGCUCCAUAUGUGUGGAAACUAUUAGUAGGAGAACCAGUCUCCAUAGAUGAUCUAGAAGAGACAGACAGUCUAUAUGCCCAGAGUCUGAGAGGCAUAAGAGAUAUACAUCAGUCUGGUGUUACUGAAGCCACAUUCCAUGAAGUGAUUCCUCUGGAAUGUUUUGAAGGAACCAGUUGUACCAACCAACUGGUACCUAUUGUUGCUGGUGGAAGGAGCAUACCUCUGACUUUCCACAAUCGUUUGCUGUAUGUUGAGCAGGCUGUUUACUUCCGUUUGCAUGAGCUAGAUCUUCAGGUGGCAGCCGUGAGAGAAGGAAUGGCAUGGAUCAUCCCUGUUCCUCUUUUAUCACUGGUUACAGCUCAACAUUUGGAGCAGCUGGUGUGUGGAUUGCCUCACAUAUCAAUCCAGAUGCUUAGAAGGGUCGUAAGGUAUCGAGAGUUGGAUGAAAACAGUCUGCUUGUACAAUGGUUAUGGGACAUCCUGGAAGGGUUUACUAAUGCAGAAAGGGUCCUGUUUAUGAGAUUUGUCUCUGGGAGAUCUCGUCUACCAGCCAACAUUGCUGAUUUGUCUCAGAGGUUUCAGGUAAUGAAAGUUGAUCGAGCACCAGACGGUUUACCUACAGCACAGACAUGUUUCUUCCAACUGCGUCUACCACCUUACAGCAGCCAGGAAAUCAUGGCAGAACGCCUUCGCUAUGCAAUAAACAAUUGUCGCUCUAUUGACAUGGAUAAUUACAUGCUGGCUCGAAAUAUCGACAUGGGUCAAGCAUCUGAUGAUGAAUAUUAACAUCAAAUCACACCAAGAGUUCUGUGGGUAGAAAAUGUUAGUUAUGUUCAAAAUAUAUUAUUAUGAUAGAAGGAAGCAACAAACAUAUGGUCUUCUUUCACUUUUUUUUUUAUAAAUGAUUCAAAUAAUGUCUUCAGCAGUUGAAUACCAUGGCUUUGCUUCUUCUCUGCAUUACAUGUAUAAUGGAAAAAAGUCAGAAAGUAGAAACUUUUCAGUCAGGGAUUAACUAAUAUCUCUGAUGAAUAAGUCUUCAGUCAUAAUUUUUAUGGAUUACAAGUACUGUAAAUUUAAAAUGUCCUGCAAUAAUAAUACGUAAUUGCUUUAACACUUUCUCUAGUAUACUGUCGAUACUGUAUGCAGUUUUCCAGAAACACAGCUUUAAAUUAGAGUCUAAUGACCAUUGUAUAAAGGUUUCUAAUUUCUUUUUAUUAUGCUUUAUAUACUGGGUUCCUAAUAUACUAGAAUUUAUUUAUUUUAUUUCACUCACUCAAAAAUAACUUCCAAUUUCACAGGUGAAAUUUAUAACUUACUCCUAUCUGUUUUGAUAAUUGGUUGAUUGAUAUUAUUCAUUACAGGUAACACACAUUAUUUAGUUCCAUGAAGAAUAUUGCAAUAAAAAACAUUAAUCCAUAUGGCAUGUAAGAUCUGCCUCCAUUGCUGUCAGUGGAAAAACCCUAUAUUAGUAUAUAUUAAUUGAAAUUGAAGAGUGAUUGUUUCAGUUCAUGUCAUUUUGCCCUAAUUGUUCCUAGCAGUCUCUAAUAUAUUACAUUAACUUUACUCUAUUUUUUUUUCUAGUUUUAUAUAAAGUUGUUAACUUCUUUAAAUCUCUCUGCCUCCCUGAAAUAACACGUAAAUGUUUCCUUUUGUUAUGUAAGUCUAUUUAGUAAGUGCUGCAACAGCCUUCAAGUUCUCUGCCAGUUACAAUAUAAAUUCUCAUGAAGUAUUCAUAUGGGAUGUGAAAUGUAAACUUAUUUAGUAUAAUAACGUAGAAUAUAUUAUGUUUCAUAAUUCAUAUACAUGUAAAUUGCUGAGAUGCUGCCAUUUGUUAUGCAGUAACAAAGUCUGAGUACACAUCUGUGUGACUUAGGUACAUUUCUGAAAGGUUUUGUAACUUUCUGCUCAGUCCUAACAAGAGAUGGGGUGACCAUGUACCUGUUGUGAAAAAUGCAUAUAAGUGAAUUUUAACUGUGA